AUGCACCAUCUUACUGGCAGCCAGGACAAGGUCAACUUUGAGGCUGCUGAGAAGUACAGUGCCACUGGCUCUAGACAUCGUGGUCGCUUGUUUGGCAGCAAGAAGGGCAAUCAUCCUGAGCGGAAAGUCACCAAUGGUCCCUUCCUUCACGAGCUGCCCCCGGCGGCUCUUAAUGAUGCCAACGUUAGUGUAAGCAGCCAUGAUGUCGAUGAUGAAGUUGUCACCAAACAUGGUGUCGAAUGGGUCGACCCCGACUGGAAGGUCACCAGUUGCUUAUUCCCUCAUGAACGGCCUGUGGUCAAGGCUAAUGACAAUGACAACGUGGUUAGCAUUGCCAAUAAGGGUUACGAUACUCAGAGCCUGGUCGGCGCCGGAAAGGACAAUGAAAAGAUUGUCCGACCCAUCGCCAUUCCCAGCAGGAUCAUGGCCCACCCCGACUGGGAGAUGUCUGAUUCUCUCUUCCCUCAUGAACUCGAAACCAUUCCGAAACACCACAAGUCCACUUCUUCAGUUAGCAGUGACGGUGUCAAGAGCACACACUUUCUCUUCCCACAUGAACUUCCAACCAUCCCAAGCGACAGGAUCAUGCCUUCGAACGGCACUGAUGCCGUGAAGGGCACGCAUUUCCUCUCCCCCCACGAUAUCCCCGCCUGGUUCAACCAUAGCGCCAACUCGAGCCUGAGCAAUAUGAGUGAAGCUGGUUAUUCUCACUCUCACCAUGGCUCUGUCCACAGCAAUCAUGACGAAGGACAUCUUGCAGCUAGACCCCUCAUUGAGAUUCACAAUGUCACAGACCUCGUUAAUGCCAUCAAUAACCCCACGGCUGGUGGUAGCAUUUCCCGCACAAGCAGCAUUUCGUCUAGCAUUCGACGUGAGAGGUCGCUUCUGUUCGCUAGCUGGGAUGGUGUAUGGAGGUUUCCAGGCUUGGCUGAGAGCGAGCAGGGGGAUUACUUUGUUCGGGAUGAGGAAGAGGAGGAUAAUGAUGAGGAGGAUGGAGACGAUGAUGUGCUGCAGCUGGUGGUGCGUAAGGAUGAUAACUAG